UAAACGCUUGCUUGAAUUUUUUUCUCCAGCCGCUUUCGACAACAUGGAGAUACAGGCUGUGUUGUUGUUGUGAGUUAACUUAGUUGGUAAGUUAAUUAGUAGAAGUUCAGGGUUUAAUUUGUUUAUUUUCACAUUUUAUAGCCGUUUUUGUUUUUAUAAGCCAACAUGUCGCUGGAAGAAGUUAAAAAGCUGAAAGUGGUGGAGCUGCGGGCCAAAUUACGGGAACGAGGGCUGGAAUCGAAAGGUCUGAAGGCCGAGCUGGUGGCCCGGCUGCUGUCCGCGAUAGAGGCCGGCGUGGGAGAGUCUAGCACUGGGAAAAAAGCCUCCAUAGAGGAGGACAAUUCUCCUGGAGAAAUAGUCCAGAUCCCUAGAGUUACAGUGUCUCCUGCCCUGCCUGCUCUAAAGGCAGAAGGAGAUGGUAGUUGUGAAGUUCUUCGGCUGGAGGGACAUCUGCCAGGGCCUGAGGAAAGUGGACACACCACGAAGCGAGAGCACCACUUCGACCAAAGCACACAAACAGAAAACCUUCCAAACUUCUCCCAUAUACCACCCUGCUCUUGCUCUAGUGGAAGACAGGGGGAUAAGGAGGCCAAACAGCUGGGGACUGAGGAACAUCUGAAGGAGAAAUCUGUAAGAGCAAACUCUCAGCCUCUGGGAAAGACCAGUCCAAUAGAAAUCCAUCCUGUAGGUCAGGAGGCCUCACUGCACUCCAGAACCAGUUCUGCUGGAGGUCCUGCUGAUGCUGGACGUCCUUCUGUUGCUGCUUCUGCGACUGCUCCUGAAGGUCCCACUGCUACUGAAUGCUCUGCUGUCCAUAACAACCAUAAGUCCACAAGUUCUGUACCAGCAGCAUCCAUAAAACCGAUGCCCCAUUUUUCCUCUACAUCUCAAACUUGUGACGACAAACAAUCUUCCAAAUCACCAGGAACUGAAGGCAGGGUCACCCAGAAGCCGGUUGAAGAAAAAGGGAGAGAUUAUUAUGAGUUUAAAGAGGAGGUUCAGUAUAACAGAGCCAAAACUCCAGAGCCUGGUCCAGAGAGUGAGGAUGAGAUGGAGGUUGAUGAUGAUGAUGUGGUUAGACUGGAUCCCUAUAAUAGCGACCUACAUUUUGAACUGGGUGUGGAUGGGUGCAGUGGUCAGCCCUCACUCUGGGAGAAGUUCCCGCUGCUGCGGUCAGGAUGUAGGCUAACCCAUGGGUUUACUCAGGGAAAAGUUGGAUUUGAAGUCAAGUUUGUGAAGAAAUUAUCAGCAGCUACGGUAGACCUGAGCUUCGACCCUGAGCCACAUGUCCUCAGAGUGGGCUGGUCUGUGGAAGGCUCAAGUCUUCAGCUAGGAGAGGAGGAGCUUUCAUUUGGAUUUGAUGCAAUGGGCAAAGCAGUAACUGGAGGAAAAGCAGGGGGAUUUGGGGAACCAUUCUCAGAAGGAGAUGUGCUUGGCUGUUAUGCGUUCAUCAGUGACUGUGGAGAGGCAGAGUUGUUGUAUUAUAAGAACGGACGCUCGCUGGGAGAGGCUUUUCGUAUAAGUUCCUCCAUUCUGGCAGGCCGAGCCCUCUACCCCCACGUUCUGUGUAAAAACUGCUCUAUUGCCCUGAACCUGGACCCAGAGGGAGUAAUGUGGUAUCCUGGGCCCCCUGAUUACUGCCCAUUACCUGUGUUACCAUCUGCACAGCGAACACGGGGCCCUCUGCCACCUCCACGCAGGAAGGAUUGUGAAGUUCUGAUGAUGGUUGGCAUGCCAGCUUCAGGAAAGAGCCAUUGGGUUCAGAAACAUGUGGCCAAGAACCCAGAGAAACACUACAAUGUGCUGAGCACAAACUCCAUUCUUCACUGCAUGAGGCUGCCCGGCCCACAGCACAAAGAGCUUCUGCUGCAGCAGGCCACACAGUGCCUCACACACCUCCUCAGAAUAGCAGCAAACAAGAGAAGGAACUUCAUCCUGGACCAGGCAAACAUUUACCCAUCUGCUCAGAAGCACAAGAUGCUGCUUUUCCAUGGUCACCAAAGGCGAGCUGUAGUAGUUGUCCCAUCAGAAGCCGAGUGGAAGAGGCGUCUCCAGCAGCAACUGGAAGAGGAGGGUGUGCAGGUGCCGAAAUUGUCCCUGCUAAAGAGUAAAGUGAGCUUCACACUCCCGGAGCAGGGGCAGCUUCUGGAGGAGGUACUGUUUGUGGAACUCUGCCGUGAAGAGGUGCAAAAACUGCUAACAACUUACAAAGAGGAGGCCAAAUGUCUCCUACCCGCACCCCCAAAACGCAAGAGGCAUCAAUACAGACACAACAAACUUCACAUGAAGUCACGCAGCAGAGCAUAUGGGUGGAGCCAAAGCUCACAGUCACAGUGGGGACACCAGAAACAAUAUCCUUAUGGCCGCAACAGUGAUCCACAGCGGUACCGGGAUUACUACCAGCCUUACACUGGACAGUGGAACACCUAUGACCAAACUCAUGGUUACUACAGCAAUCAAGAUUAUUAUUUUGGAAAUCAAAGUUUUUGGUAAACCUUAAAAAAAUGUGACGUGUACAUUUUUUAUUUAUUCUAUUAGUAUCUGUUAAACGUCAAUUUUUAUACUGUUUUUAGAAUUCUUGUUUUUAUAUAGUUUGUACAUAUAUUAUAUAGCUCUGGAAAAAGUAGACCACUUAAAAAUAAUGAUGGAUGAUCACAAGCCAUCCUUUUUUUUUUACAGGAGUGGCAUAAAGUUAUACAAAAGCAGUGUGUAAGACUAGUGAAGGAGAAUGAGCAAACACACCACAAUUGUUUUUAUUACACUCUAUUUUGUUUUAUUUGAAAUUUGACAAUUCAAUCUUACAAUUUGGAAAGCUAUGCAAUAGUUUGCAGAGAACUGCAUACCAUUUUUGUGUUAUGUUGAUAAAAAAAUAAAAUGUGCAUUUCAUUUAUGCACAUAUAAACAUAAAUUAAUGUAUCUUAUUAUCUACUGUUUUCUCUGUUUUUCUCACUUUGCAUUGCAUUUUGUGUGUAUAUUAAACUUCA